GAACCCCGUCCUCGAAGCGUUGUUGUGAAUCCAAUAUGGCGAUAUUUGAUGUUGUGCUAUUUUAAAGAAGUGCACAUGUUUUCAUACAAAUGGGAGUUAAAUAGAAGAAUACAACGGUGCAAUAAAGUAGCGCCUAAUAAUUGAGUCACUAUUUGAAUACAUAGUGGAAAGAGCGUUGACGAUUAUGACUGACACGAGAAGAAGAGUAAAGCUGUACGCUUUGAACGCUGACCGGCAAUGGGACGACAGGGGCACAGGGCACGUCUCCUCGUGUUACGUAGACAGACUCAAGGGCACCUCACUACUUGUGAGGGCAGAGUCUGAUGGAUCUCUACUUUUAGAAAGCAAAAUUCAACCAGACACAGCCUACCAGAAGCAACAAGACACACUAAUAGUAUGGUCAGAAGGUGACAAUUUUGACUUAGCAUUAAGUUUUCAAGAAAAAGCUGGAUGUGAUGAAAUAUGGGAGAAGAUCUGCCAGGUUCAAGGAAAAGAUCCAUCAGUUGAAAUCACACAAGAUAUCGUAGAAGAAUCAGAAGAUGAGCGUUUUGAUGAGAUGUCAGACAGUGUCCAACCUGUGGAACUACCACCAUGCGAAAUGGGAAGACUGGAAGACAUAAGCGAGUUGGUCAACAGCUGCUUGGUCUCACCAGCUCGUAAAGACAAAUUGGCCGCUGCUCUAGAAUCCCAGCAUUAUAUAAAGAAAUUACUCAAUCUCUUCCAUAUGUGUGAAGACAUUGAAAACAUUGAAGGCUUACAUCAUCUCUAUGAGAUAUUCAAAAGCAUAUUCCUUCUCAAUAAAAACACUUUGUUUGACACAAUGUUUGCAGAUGACACUAUAUUUGAUGUUGUCGGCUGUCUGGAGUAUGACCCGAGUCUACCACAGCCCAAAAAACAUAGAGAAUAUCUGCGGGAGCUAGCAAAAUUUAGAGAGGCCAUUCCUAUUAAAAAUCAAGAUUUGCUGGCAAAGAUACAUCAAACGUACAGAGUACAAUACAUCCAGGACAUUGUUUUACCCACUCCCACAGUCUUCGAGGAUAAUCUGCUUAGCACAUUAUCUAGUUUUAUAUUUUUUAAUAAAGUAGAAAUAGUAAAACUUAUAGAGGAAGACGACAGAUUUCUGACAGAUUUGUUUAAGUUGCUAAUGGAUGAUAAGACACCAAACCCGAAGAGGAGAGAUUUAGUUUUAUUUUUAAAAGAGUUUUGUAAUUUUUCACAAAACCUUCAGCCGCAAGAUAAAGAUGCGUUUUACAAAACGUUAGUUUCAUUGGGGAUCCUGCCAGCGUUAGAAAUUACAUUAGGUAUAGAUGACCAGAAGACCAAGACUGCGUCUAUAGAUAUAUUAACUUAUAUUGUGGAAUUCUCGCCCUCCGUAGUGAGGGAUUACACUUUACAGCAAGCUAACAACACAGAAGAGGAGCACAUGCUGCUUAACAUAGUGAUAGAACAGAUGCUACGGGACCGUGACCCUGAACUCGGAGGUGCUGUGCAGCUGAUGGGGGUCUUACGUAUCCUCCUUGACCCAGAGAGCAUGCUAGCUUCGGUCAAUAAGAGUGAAAAAGCGGACUUCCUAAACUUUUUCUACAAACACAGUAUACAGACGCUUAUAGCACCAUUACUACAGAACACAACGGGAGAGAAACCCCUGAGGGAGGACUACCACACUGUGCAGCUACUGGGACUCGUCCUAGAAUUGCUCUCGUUCUGUGUCGAGCAUCACACUUAUCACAUCAAAACUUGCAUAUUGAACAAGGAUCUCCUCCGCCGCAUACUGGUUCUUAUGAGAUCAACACACACCUUCCUAGUGCUGGGUGCUCUCAGAUUCAUGCGCAAGAUCACGGCGCUCAAGGACGAAUACUACAACCGGUACAUCAUCAAGGGGAAUCUCUUUGCGCCGGUCAUAGAUGCGUUCCUUAGAAAUAAUGGCAGGUAUAAUCUACUCGACUCGGCUAUACUAGAAUUAUUCGAGUUCAUAAAGUUGGAGGACAUCAAGUCACUCUGUUCACACGUGGUCGAAAACUACGGCAAGAUUUUAGAAGAUGUGGAAUAUGUGCAGACGUUUAAAGCGUUGAAGACGCGAUAUGAUCAGCAUCAGGAUAAACUAAAAGAGCGGGAUCGAGUGAGCGGCAGCGUCGGCGUGGCGGAGGCCGUGGUGCCGUCGCUGCUGCGCUCGCGCUACCGGCGCGAGGCGCGCGCGCCGGACGACGAGGAGGAGAUGUGGUUCAACGACGAGGACGAGCUCGACGACGAGCCGCCGCUCGAGCCCGCGCAGCCGCACGCCCACCCGCACCCGCACCCGCACCCGCACCACGCGCUCGACGCCAUCGGUAAAAUAGUAGAAAAGAAAGUGUGCACGAGUACAGAGAGCGCGAACGGACCGAGCAGAGUACUGCUCAACACCGCGUCGCCCAAACCGGCGCACACCGACGUUCAGGUAUCCGAGCCCAGAUUACUCGAUAAGGGCCUCGUCGACUACGACGGCGACUCUGAUGAGGAGGAGGAGGGCGCCACGAGCGCCGGCGCCGACGAGCGCGACGCCAAGCGGCCGCGCCUCGCGUAGUGCUCCAGUGAUACACACCCCCCUCAGCUGUGCACUACCAGUGAUGCCGUAAGGAUGCACUAGUAUAUACAUGGGCCCAACAGUUGCGGUUAAUGUGCGGCUUUCGGAUGCUUGCAGAUUAAACUAGGCCAAGAGCAUGGUAUAAUAAUAUACUCCGCCUGGUACUCUCUUCCCGUCUUUUCGUGGUCACGUGACUGACACAAGCCUACGUCAUCAUGCGACAGGGCUAUAUGAUAAUAUGCGAUAGCGCUAUAUAUAGCGGCCAUGUUAUUGUGUCGUAGGCUUGUGUCACUCUGGGAAGAGAAGACCAUGUUUUAUUAGACUAUGGCUAAGAGCCAGUCGCACCAACCACGGUUAGACUGACCAACCUCACGCAGCAGAGAUCUAUGAAACUUCCCAUACAAUGAAAUUUAGCGAACGCUUUAACGGUGACAGAUGGUUUGGUGCAACCGACCCUAAAGGUGUCAGAUAUCGUCUUAAGGGUCUACCUUAACGAGUCCACAAAGUUAAAGAGUUGCGAUGCGGCCCUGUGGACGUCUACCUUUACAUAUAGCUGCAUAGCAUGCAUUGUAUGGCGCUCGUGGGGUGCGCGAUUCUUGAAACGCGCUAGCGGUGCGUUCGCCCGGUCUGGACGCACCUGAAAUGAUCGUGUUAAUAUGUUCGCUGCCAAAAACUCGCUGCAGCGGUUCGAUUUGUGUAGGAAUUGGAAAUUGGGCUGGAAUAAAGAUAGUAGAGAAUUGUAAUAAAGUAUCUUAAUAUAAAAAUCAUAACAUGCAGAGAUUUAAAAAAAAUGGUGUUCCGAUACGCAUAUACAUGUAAAUCUGCUAAGUGCCUGAUUUUCUGAGGAAGUGGUUUAUAUAUAUAUAUAUACAUAUUGCGAGUUGGAGCUCGACUGAGUAAUUGACUCAUUAUAAUAAGGCUAAUAUCAGCUUUUAAUAUUAAAACCAGGAUAAACCAUCAAGAGUGCGUCAAGAUUUAACCAAGCUGUAACUCACAAUAUUAAAGAGAUACUCUAUUAAAACUCUUUAUUAAUGUCUGUAGGCAUUUGGCAGAAAUUUAAGCGGUCUUCACAUUUGAUGCUAAAUCGCACGUCGCUCCGUUUUGCGAGCGAGACAUCGCUAUAUGCGUGCAUAGCGCUGUCACACUCACAACUUGUGAUAACCGCGUUAUGAUCCAUCGAGUAGUAAUAGAUUACCAGCGAACACGGUCCGGUAGCCAUACCAUGAGUUGACACUUGACGUUUACGUUAGCGACUGCGUUAACUCGAUCGCAGUCCAUCACGCUUGCACUAAUAUACACGGUGUAACAUGAGUAAACCGAAUAAUUUUAACAGCGUAUUCCUGAUCAUAUUAAGAGACAAAAAUGUCCUAUAAACUUUUUUUGAAAUUCGCCUAGUUUCAGAGAUAUUAUUAAUUAAAAAAAAAACAAGUUUUUAUUGUUACAUAGUGUAAAAGGCCUUUUUGAUGAUGAUGUUGCUGCUAUGGGACGUAGUCUAAAUAUCCUUAUUGAUAGAUGUCAAAAAGUGACAAGUAACACUUUGCAAAAAGUAACUUCUACGAAAAAAAAAAUUAAAAAUCAAUUUUAAGUGACAAGUUUACCAAUAACAUUUAUUUUAAUGUACAAAUACAUUCAAAAAAUUGAAAAAAACAAAACAAAAAAAAAUAUUUUUUUUUGGCGAAAUUGACCUAAACUCGUAUUACAUUUUUUUACUUUAUUUACCUCAGAAAUGCGUGGUUAAAAUUAUUCGGUUUCCUCAUGUUACACCAUGUAUUAGUGCACGCAGCCGCUAACGUAAAUGUCAAUUGCCAACUCGUGGUAGCCGUGCUGAUUUAUUAUUUGGAGUGUUUGUAAGCGCCGUAGCCGUAUUGCGCCCAUGUAACGUAGUAAAUAUAAUUAAUUAGCAUAUGAUACCUUCAUACUAAUUAAAUUUAACUUCGUAUGGCAUCUCAGAGUGUUAAGCUCGGUUUUCCUAGGAUAGCGGUGCCGUCACAGCGGCUGUCUCCAUACAAAAUAAUACGGCU